GCUGUGACCUGUUUUUGAAUAUUUCCCCAAUCAUUCACUCGUAAACAGUUUGUCCUUUAGUCAUGAGUUCCCCAGCAGGAAAUCAUUAUUAAUCGGCCAUCUACGAUUCCAGCACAAAUUUUUCUCGAGAACUCCUUCGUCAACCGGCCGACAAAAAGCAGCGAGACAACUGCAAUUAUGUGUGGAGUGAAGUGUUCCAAGUAUCUACUUUUCGUCUUUAAUUUCUUCUUUUUGUUAUCAGGGUUAGCAGUACUUGGUAUUGGUAUCUGGACCAAGAUAGAUGCUGGACAGUUUGAUUCGUUCUUAGGGACUAGUGGAUAUGCUAUAUCUGCCAAUAUCUUGAUAGCAGCCGGUGCCUUCGUGGUGAUCGUUGCUUUCCUGGGAUGCUGUGGUGCAGUCAGAGAAAACCGAUGCAUGCUGGGAACGUUUUUUGCGGUGCUUCUUCUCAUAUUCUGUGCUGAAGCUGUUGCUGGAAUCCUUGGAUUUAUUUAUCGCGACCAGGUAGAGAAAGAAAUCAGUACUGAAAUCACCAAACAAAUCAAAAACGAAUAUGGUUUUUCUUCAACGAUUGAUUAUAAUGUCAACAUACUUCAACAAAGGCUCAAAUGUUGUGGUGCGAAAAACAGAGAGGACUACAAGGAGAGCAGAUGGCGCAAGGAACUGAACCCCAACAAGCUAGUACCUCUCAGCUGCUGCAUCGAGAAUGCGAACAAAACGUCUUGUUAUAAGGAUUCCUCUUACGAUCAAGUUUACGAAAAGGGAUGUAUUUCUGAGCUUAAAACAUUUGCAGAUAACCACAUGGUUCUGAUAGGAGCCAUUGCUGCAGGGAUAUCGGGUAUACAGUUAUUUGGGAUGGUAUUCGCGUGUUGCCUAUUCUGUUCUAUCGUGGACUGAAGACAUAUUGUAUAUCACUGACCUCAAACUACAACAGUUAGUUAUCUUGCUCGUCGACCUGAAGAACAAACCAAAACUCUCCAGAAUCAUAGCCAUUGGUUCACCUUAACUGAGGAGUUUCUUGGUUCCUCUGUUCGUAGAUAACCUAGGUCCAGAAUAGCUUACGAGUUCAGAAAUUGUAUUAAUUGCAAUCACAUGCUACAACAAUCUCUUAUCGUCAUCGUUGCUUCCACAUAUGUCAAAGUUUUCCGUUGCUAUAUCCUUUAUUUGAAUAGGAUCCCUAUUUGAAAUACAUCUCCACACACACACACACACACCUAUAUAAAGAGGAUAUUACCUUAUUUCAAUGUAAAUGUGCACAACACACACGUAUAUAUACAUAAUACCUUCUCGAUGUAAAUGUACACAAGUUAAGAACAAAAGACUAGAAGCACUACGUUUCUGCUAAGUGCCGCUAACCUCAAAAUGAAGCUCGACGUCUGGCGUUUUCCGUCAAACUUUCAACAUUAGAGACUUUUAGCAAGACGUUCUUGCGAGCUCUGCAAACCUCAAACUACAGUUCGACUUCCAGCGUUUUCCGUCAAACUGUCGACAUGUAGCAAGGCGUCAUAACGAAGUUGUAGCUGGACGAGCCGCCAUAUUGAAUUUUAUGGAUGCUGACUGUUUCUCUGUGUUUGCGGGACUGUUUCUGAGCCUGAUCCCUAGAGGUUAGUGAUGAACCUGAUGCUAAAGGUCUCUAAUACCCAGAAAAUAAUACUCUCGUUUCAAUGCUUCUUGGAAUCUACGACCGAGAAUCACUGAAGGGAGUUAGAAGCCCUCUGGAACUCAGGGUCUGUUAGCUUCCAUUUUGUAUAGAAUAUUCAUGUGUUGCAGUGAAGGUCCAUGGGAUUUCAAAGUGUUUGUAUUCACUACUAAACGGUUCACUAGUCAAACACCCUAGCGAGGUAACAAGGUAGUUUCUAAGAAUUAUUCAAACUCAUGAAUAAUUAAUGAUCAUUCAGACCUAUCAGGUCCUUCAAAUCCAUCACGUGCAUGGAUCUUAAUACCUGAUAAUAGUUCAACAUGGAUAUCUUUAUAUAAAGAUUUUGAAAUUUUUUAUAAAGGACCAAAAGAGUACAAGAGCAGGUCACGAAUAAGGACCCUAAAUACUCAUUAAUUAUUCAUGAAGUUUUGAAAGUGUUCAAUAAACUUGCAGAUCGUGUUUUAUCAGAUCUAAAACCACGAGGCGUAAGCCUGAUAAAACACGAUCUCGUUUUUAAACUAUACUUUAAACUUAAACUCUUAGAGUCUUUUAUCCUUAUAGACUAUAUUAAUCAAUAAAAUUGCAUGAGCUGUUAUUAA